UGUGCCAGCUGCGCCAGGUGCCUGUUUCAAACAAACCCACCCGUUGUGCAGCCGCCGGACUGUUUAUGUCGUAGUGAGCCAAAGACAGACUCAAGCCUGAUCCGUUUCCCCUCAUCGCUCUCUUCUUCCUUCAAAACAUCGUUUUUCCUACUCUGCAUAGUCUUCUCUUUCUUUCCUUUCUUCUUCAAUUGAAUGAAUUGAUGACUUUGCAGCGCUAGAAACGACUCUUUUCUCCUAACAAAACCCACUAACAUCAUCUGUCUUGGGUCAACCCACUCGGCGCAUUCCAGUCAACAACAACCAAACAUCGCCAGAAUGGAUCGCCCAAGUACCCCUUCUCGGCCGCCGGAGUAUACCCUGCCUUCCUAUGACGAUGAGCAGGAUACCCCUUCGGGCCACAAUCCAGCUGCUGUUCGUUUGUUGACCUCUGUUGACGAGCCUGUUGAUACAGCUGCUAGCAAUCUCUCUACCGAGUCUUCGAGACUUUCUUACCAGCCUAGUGUCGCUUCUGGUCACUCCCGCCGCGGCUCAGUCCUCGACGACGCUCCUAGCAUGCCGCCUCCAGACUCAACUUACGUGCCCUACUCGGCUCGUGAGUCCCCCUCAUAUCGUCCUUGGACGCCCUCUAGAAACUCGGAGUUUACACGACCUCCAACGAACCUCAGCUAUGAGCCUUCAGACAUCAAUGGAAGCCCCAGACCUGGCACACCUUCAUCUAGAUAUGGUGGAAGCCCUCGCCGGCCACUCCCACCAGCUCCUCUCUUCUCCAACCCCGGAGCGAGAAACUCAGCAGGAUCUGGGUUUGCAGAUGACGCCACAGUUUCUAUCCCCCUCAAUGAUGGCGAUGAUGUCUUUGCUCCUAGCUCAGACUUGAGUGACUCGCGCCCUCUCCCCGUCGGCCGCAACUCCUUCUCAUCCGAAUCCCAGGGCACCCUGAAUGAGGAUGACGAAGAAUACUACGAAAAGGUCGAGCAUUACGGGCCUGCUCCUGAGGGUGCCCAGGCCCGCCGAGGUGUCCGAGCUCCCCAAAUGUCCAAGAAGGAGGUCCAGCUUAUCAAUGGUGAACUGGUUCUAGAGUGCAAGAUCCCCACGAUUCUCUACAGCUUCUUGCCUCGCCGCGAUGAGACCGAAUUCACUCAUAUGCGCUACACAGCCGUUACUUGCGAUCCCGAUGACUUUGUCGAAAGAGGCUACAAGCUGCGUCAGAGCAUUGGCCGCACCUUGCGAGAAACUGAGCUCUUCAUCUGUAUUACCAUGUACAAUGAAGACGAGUUCUGUUUUACCAGAACUAUGCACGCAGUCAUGAAGAACAUUUCUCACUUCUGCGCCCGUUCCAAGUCUCGAACCUGGGGUGAGAGUGGAUGGCAAAAGAUUGUGGUGGCAGUCAUUUGCGACGGUCGUGAAAAGAUUCACCCCCGAACCCUCGAUGCUCUUGCCGCAAUGGGCGUAUACCAGCACGGUAUUGCCAAGAACUUUGUCAACAACCGCGCUGUGCAGUCUCACGUUUACGAGUACACCACCCAGGUUUCUCUCGACUCUGAUCUGAAGUUCAAGGGUGCCGAGAAGGGCAUCGUCCCUUGCCAGAUGAUCUUCUGCCUCAAAGAGAAGAACAAGGGCAAGCUCAACUCCCACCGUUGGUUCUUCAACGCCUUUGGCCGUGCUUUGAACCCCAACAUUUGCAUCUUGCUCGAUGUUGGUACUCGCCCUGGCGGCAACUCACUCUACCACCUCUGGAAGGCGUUUGAUAAGAACUCAAACGUUGCUGGUGCUUGUGGUGAAAUCAAGGCCAUGAAGGGCAAGUUUGGAUCCAACCUUCUUAACCCACUGGUUGCUUCACAAAACUUUGAGUACAAAAUGUCCAACAUUCUCGAUAAGCCUCUUGAAUCAGUUUUUGGUUAUAUUACCGUCUUGCCCGGUGCUCUUAGUGCCUACCGAUACCACGCUCUCCAGAACGAUUCCACCGGCCACGGUCCCCUAAGCCAGUACUUCAAGGGUGAGACUCUUCACGGAACCCAUGCCGACGUUUUCACUGCCAAUAUGUAUCUUGCCGAAGAUCGUAUUCUUUGCUGGGAGUUGGUUGCUAAGCGUGGAGAACGAUGGGUUCUCAAGUACGUCAAGGGCUGCACUGGUGAAACCGAUGUGCCUGAUGCCGUCCCCGAAUUCAUCUCCCAGCGACGUAGAUGGCUCAACGGUGCCUUCUUUGCUGCUGUCUACUCUCUCGUCAACUGCAGACAAAUCUUGGACACGGAUCAUUCGAUUCCUCGUAAGAUUCUCCUCUGCGUUGAAUUCGUCUACCAGUUCUUCCAACUCCUCUUUACGUACUUCUCCCUGGCUAACUUCUACCUCACCUUCUACUUCGUUGCUGGUGGUCUAACUGACCCGACCGUGGAUCCAUUUGGUCAUAACCUCGGCACAGUUUUCUUCAUCAUUCUCCGCUACGCCUGUGUGUUACUCAUUGCAGCGCAAUUCAUCAUCUCUCUCGGUAAUCGUCCUCAAGGUGCAAAGAAGCUGUACAUGGCCUCUAUGAUAAUCUACAGUAUCAUCAUGGCAUACACAACAUUUGCAGUGUUCUACAUUGUUGUGCGACAGCUUACGGAUACGGAGUUGCGCAAGAACUUAACAAUUGGAAACAACACCUUCACCAAUAUCAUUGUUUCUAUGGCAUCCACCAUUGGUCUCUACGUCUUCAUGUCGCUACUCUACCUCGAGCCAUGGCACAUGAUUACUUCGUCGAUUCAGUACUUCCUCCUCUUGCCCAGCUACAUCUGCACUCUCCAGGUCUACGCCUUUUGCAACACCCACGAUAUCUCAUGGGGUACCAAGGGUGACAAUGUCAUGAAGACGGAUCUUGGUGGCGCCGUGGGUAAAGGUCAAACUGUCGAACUAGAAAUGCCCAGCGAGCAGCUUGACAUUGACAGCGGCUAUGACGAGGCUCUCCGCAACCUCCGCGAUCGUAUCACUGUUCCCGCCCCUGCCCCCAACGAGAGACAGAUGCAGGAAGAUUACUACAAGAGCGUUCGUACCUACAUGGUGGUUACAUGGAUGAUGGCCAACGGAAUCUUUGCCAUGGCCAUUUCUGAAGUCUACAGCAACAAGGGCAUUGGUGACAACUUGUACCUCCGCUUUAUUUUGUGGAGUGUCGCCGCCCUUGCCGUUUUCCGUGCCGUCGGUUCUACGACUUUUGCCGUCGUCAACGCCGUCAACGUUAUUAUCGAAGGCCGUGUUCGCAUGAGCCUCAAGGCUCCCAGCUGGAUGGGUGGUGUUGGUAGCAAGCUGUCCGAGACCAUGAGCAACGUUGGUAGCAGCUUGAGCCGAUAGACGAAAACGCUUUCUGGUUGAGGUGUAAUGUGUAUAGGGGAUGAUAAUUGGUUUCUGUUUGGUCUCAUCAGUUGGGUUGUUUUUGUGUUUUUUUUCCUUUGGUCAUUUCUUCUUUGUAUUUAUGAUCUCAUCAGUCUCAUGAUGAAUGACCCGGUUUAUGUUGGAUGUCAUAAUGAAAAUACUUUUUUUCUUAAACCUGAAGAGCCAUUGUGUAAUUGUUUACAACUUUGUAUUUAUUUGCUUUGGCUUUUAGACCCAAAAAGAUAUUGGCACAGCUAUAACCGAAAAAUGACAAAUCUAUUGCCAAGAAAAACACAACAACAAAGGGAAUACGUUAACAAAUGUAGAUAUACCGUUAAUUUUCUUCAUCAACGCCACGCUAGUCAGCUCUCCUUUUACUCUUCCUCGGAUUCCUCUUCCGCAACCUAUAUAUUCUUGUUAGUAUAUGGAACCGAUUGGGUGGCUAACCCGCGUUACUUACGUUGUCAUGGAAGUUCUUGCCGUCAGUGGUGGCCUUGAUGACACCAACUCUGAUGCAGAAGUCACCAAAGCGCUCACCCUCUUCACGCUCAAUAGCAUAGCGCUUGAGCAGAGGCUUCAUGAUCUCGAGGAUCUCCUCCUCCUUGAUGCUGGAGCGGUAGAGCUUGUUCAGACGCUGGCCGUGGUAACCACCACCGAGGUACAUGUUGUAGGCGCCGAAAGCCUUGCCGACAAAGGCAACUUCAGCGAGCCAAGGACGGGCACAACCGUUGGGGCAACCGGUCAUACGCAUGACAAUGGAGUCCUGGCGAAGACCAGCCUCCUCAAGGCAGUCCUCAAGCUUGGUGAUGAGUACGGGCAGGUAACGCUCAGACUCAGCCAUGGCAAGACCACAAGUAGGGAAGGCAACACAGGCAGAAGAGCUAAGACGGAGGCCAGAGAACUGGACAUUGUCGAGUUUGUACUGCUUCAUGAGCUUCUUGAGGGCAGGCAGAUCCUCAUCAGCAGCGUUGCUGAGAAUCAAGUGCUGGUUACCAGUGAGACGGAACUCGCCCUUGUGGAUCUUGGCAAUCUCGCGGAGACCAGUCUUCAUCUGGAAAUCAGGAGUGUCCUCAAUACGGCCGUUCUCAAUGAAGAAAGUGAAGUGGUUGAGGCCCUUCUCAUCCUUUUGCCAGCCAAAGGUAUCGACGUUGCUCUUGAACUCAAAGGGGCGCUCCUUUUCAAACUUCUUGCCCCAAAGCUCCUCAACCUUGCCGCGGAAGACAUCGACGCCCAUGUCAUCAAUGGUGUACUUGAGACGAGCGUGCUUACGGUUCUUGCGGUCACCGUUAUCACGCUGGACAAGCAUAAUCUUCUCGCAAGCAAUGUGAACAUCCUCGGGAACGCAGAAACCCAUCAUGCGACCAGUCUGGGGGUAGGUCUUCUUGUUGUUGUGAGUCGUGCCCAUACCACCACCAGCAAGGAUGUUGAAACCAGCAAGCUUGCCAUCCUCACCCUUGAUAGCAAUGAUACCAAUAUCGUGAGCGUACACGUCGGUAUCGUUGUGAGGAGGAAUGGCCAUAGUAAUCUUGAACUUGCGGGGGAGAUAUGUAGGACCAUAGAGAGGCUCAAAGUCCUGAACGGCGUCGCCGGCGAUUUGUGUCUUCUUGUUGUCGUCAUCGGUCAACCAAAUCUCGUGGUAGGCUCUUGUCGAAGGCAAAAGGUGGUCGCUAAUAAUCUGGGCGUACUGCUUAACCUCCGCGUGGUAUUCAGACUGCGUGGGCAGAGAACUGCACAUGACGUUUCUGUUGACAUCACCACAGGCAGCAAUAGUAGUCAUCAGAGCACGGUUAAUAGCCUGCAUGGCGGGCUUGAGCUUGCCCUUGACGACACCGUGGAACUGGAAGGUCUGUCUGGUAGUAAGCUUCAUGGUCUCGUUGCCAAGUGUGUUGGCAAUAUCAUCCAUCUGAAUCCACUGCUUAGGGGUAGAAACACCGCCAUCAAGACGGCAUCUAAUCAUGAAGGAGUAGGCGGGCUCAAGACCCUGUGCCUUGCGCUCGUCGCGAACAUCGCGGUCGUCCUGCAUGUAGGUACCGUGGAACUUGGUAAGUUGCUGGUCAGAAGCAGAGAUAGCACCAGUCGAGGUAUCGUUCAAGCCCUCAACGAUGGUUCCGCGCAGGAAGUUGGAGGCAAUCUUGAUGUCUUCGUUGGUAAUGGGUGCAGGCUCAUCAGGAAGGCCUUCGACGUUAUCAACGCCGAGAGCUUGCCAGAUCUUGGGCUCCCACUCAGCGUAUCCAGUCUGGUAGCCAUCGGGGUCCUGGUCAUCUCCAAGGCCGAUAUCAGCCAAGUGGCGGCCACCAAGGUUGGUGAGGACACGGUCCAGGUCCUUGGCGGGCUUGUUGUAGUAAAUCUUAUCCUCCUUGCGGGGCCAGUAGUGGCUGUCACCAAGACCAAAGAUGGAGUAGUUGACGGUGGCAAGAUCGAACUCGGUGCUAUCCUUGAUGGCGUCCCAGAAGGGCAGACCGUUCUGGGGGAACUCACCCUGGCCGGCGGUAGAGGUAAGGAAGACAAUGUUCUCCUCAGUGGCAAGGUCUUCCAAGGGGUAGUCUUCCAUAGCCAUGACAGAGGUCUUCAGGCCACGGAGACGGCCACGGUUAGCAAGUCGCUUAGCCAAAGAUGUGGCGUUACCAUUGUCGGAAGCGUAGAGGAUGGUGAGGGGGGCACCGAGGAGGCCCUCCAAGAGCUCGUUGUAGGCAUCCUUAGCCUUGCGCUUCUGCUGUGCGCGGACCUCGGUACCAAAGUCCUGUGCCAGGCUGGCAGCGAACUUGGGUUCCUUGUUCAUGAGCUGGGUGAGCUGGUUGUCACGAGCCAAAAAGGUCUUGAGCUCUUGCUUGAUCAAUUCGGAGUCCAGAGAAAAGGUGGGCUCGCCCUUGGCAUCGUUAUCGGGGUUCCACCGGUACAAGGGCCAGUAGCCAACAUCGACAGCCUUCUUAGUCUCCUGUAGAACAGUGAGAGGAGAGUCGGACUCGCCAAAGUAAGGAAGAUAGGCCAAAACGACGGAGGGACCGUUGAACUUGUCAGCCUCAAGCAUAGCCUGCAAGACCUGGGUGUAGGAGCUGUAGACAGCAGUGGACGCAACAUAGACGUUGCCAAAGUUCAUGGCGUAGAGACCAAUGUCCUUCUUUCUUCGGUUCGCGUCGUCGUUGUUUCGUUCGGAGUAUGGUGUCGAGUCAAUGAUGAGCAUGUUGACGUUUUCGCCAGAGGCAAGAACGUGGUGAACACCUGAGUUGCCAAGAUCAUAAGACCAAGCGUCGGAACCGACAAGCCAGAGAGAUUCCUUGCGGAAGAGUCCCUGGCUCUUGAGAAGCUGCUGAGCCAAUGGCGAACCAUCAGUCUGCAGACGAGCAAUGACGUCGUCAGCCAGCUCGGUAGACUUGUUAGCAUCAUCGGCAGCAACAGCCCACUUGGCGAGCCAGUUCUUGGGGCCUUCAGUGAUGAAAUCCUUGCUAGUGGCAGCAGCCUUGGCGUCUACAACAAACUUCUUGCGAAGCUCCUUACGGGCCAGAAGAGAGCCGAAGCCAAACUCGGGGCUGGCAGCAACAGCAGGGGAGACACCGGUUGUUUGCGAGUCGAGGGCGUUGGCAAUGUAGGUACGCUUUCCAAACAGCUGGUCAAGAAUCUUGGAGUAGGCGUUUUCGAUGAGGGGCUUCUCAAGGCCGUACUCGGCAGGUUGGCGGGGAGCCUCACGGACGCCGACCUCUAAGUUCUGGAGAGGCUUUUCAGCGGUAAGGUUCUGAAGAAUGCCGCGGAGGGCCUGAGAAGCAGCUUCGGGAGCAAUGUAGCCCAACUGGUGGCCGACAAUGGUGUCAACACCGCCAGGACCGCUCUUGAUGGAGGAAAUAAUGUCGAUGAGCAAAGGUCCCCACUUGGUGGUCUUCUUGUGAAUCUGCUCGAGGACAGCAAUGCGCUUGAUGGAGCUUGGGAGAACCUCGACCAGCUUGGAGCCGAGCCAAGGUCUGUACAAGCGUGGUGUGAGGAUACCAACGUUGGCGUAGAUUUCGUCCGCUUUGGCGCUGUCGACAGUCUGGGCAAAGGAGCCAGUAUCGGAGCCGAAGAUGAAGAGGCAGUUUUCGGCGUUGGCAGGGCCACUGUAUUCGAAAGCGCUGUACUGGCGACCAACGGUUGCGUUGAGACUGGUCCAGAUGCGCUUGGCGCAGACGUAAAUGUCCUCGGAGGAAACACGAGGAGCAGUAGCCUCAACGGUAGUGGCCGCGGAGCCGGGUGUGUUGGCUUCGCUGGGUUCGGUGACAGAAGUUCCUCGCGAAGUGGCCUUGGAAGCCUCGGCGCUGGGUGCUGGCAAAGUAGCGCUGGCAGUGGCAGCAGCAGACUCAGCAGCGGCGGCAGUGUCAGGGUGAUCCGAAGAGACAGCGACAUGACCAUCGUCAGCGUAGAUGCCACCAGCGGCAAUGGAGCCACUCUGGAAGCGGCGAACGCUGUCAAUGUCCAAGAUUUCGCGGACAACAUUGGCGUCCUCAAUGGCAAUGGGUGUGUCGUUGGCGGAUGUUUCGGAAGAGAAAAAGUGAAUGACACCCUUGCCGGUGCGGAUGGCGAGAGCGUGGGCAGUCAGGGCCAUAUCCUGAGCCUCUUGGAGGGUCUCGGACUGAACAAAGGUCCAUCCUGAGUUACGAAUGGAGGUGAUUACUGAGUAGUCAGCAAAAGUCUGAGGUUGGAGAGCGACAUGCAGGACAACGGGGUAGUUGGCGAGCUUGUAAAGGUGGGAGAUGGCGGGCAGGAGGACGGUGGAGGGCGUGGUGACGGAGACGAGCUUGCCCGAGCGGACAGGAGUAAAGACGGACAACAACGGAUCGAUGUUGUGUCGGACAGAUUGAAUCUAAAGAGAGAAGUUGCCAUGUUAAUCACAGGAACUCAAUUGACGAAUGCCGAAGCCGGAACGUCGGUCGAGGAGCCGAGAUACUUA